GUGUAAAGUAAAUCAUCCGGUUUGAGAUUUCUGGUUGUGGGUCAAGGAUAAAUUGUGAACGAUAAGCCCGCAAUUUCACACUCAGGAUAAGGCCGUAGAUAUAAAUUAAACUACAAGCAGAGACCAAACUGAUACCCAAAACACGAACAGAGUUGGAGGGAAGACUCGGAAUGGCCACUGAAAACACAUCAAUGUCGGCACUAGCCUCCCAAAUAUGUGAUCAAAUUGCCUCGGUCUUCUGCAAACCCACCAGCCCACACCCACCACCGCUCGACCUCAUGGUGGCCGAACUCACCAACAUAGCCACCCAAAAUGGCCGCGUCUUCCUCUAUGGGGUGGGCCGUGAAGGCCUAAUGCUCAAGGCCCUGUGCAUGCGCUUAGCUCAUCUGGGUCUCUCCGCCCACUUCGUUUUCGACAUGACUACUCCCCCUAUCUCCACCACCGACCUCCUUAUCGCCUCUGCCGGGCCCGGAGGAUUCUCCACCGUUGAUGCCAUAUGCUCCGUCGCAAGAUCCCACGGUGCUAGAGUCUUGCUGCUGACAGCUCUGCCGGAGAGUGGAUCCUGUGUGAAGCAUGCUAGUGUUGUGGGUUAUGUGGCAGCCCAAACAAUGGCAGAUGAUGAAAAGGAGAAAUCUCGGGCGUUGAUGCCGAUGGGGAGUGUGUAUGAAGGAGCCAUGUUUGUGUUGUUCGAGAUGGUGGUGUUUAAGUUGGGCGAAGCGUUGGGACAAAGCCCAGAGACCGUCCGAUCUCGCCAUACCAAUCUGGAAUGAGCCUCUUCAUCAUCUUGCUGUACUGAUAGUUUGAUGAUUAUCUUUUUGUGCUUGGCUUUUUUCUGCUGCUCAAAAAUCCAUUAUUGUAAUGUCUGUGUGUAUGGGAUUCCAAGUUUAUGCAAAUAAAGACUGCAAAUCCAA